AUGUCAUCCGAAAAGUCAGGCCUCCCGGACUCAGUCCCUCACACCUCCCCGCCCCCGUACAAUGCCCCUCAGCCCCCGGCCGAACCCCCCGCCCCGCCCCCACAGGCCGCCACCUCCUCGCACCAUCACCACCACCACCACUACCACCAGUCUGGCACUGCCACCCUUCCGCGCUUAGGGGCCGGCGGCCUGGCCUCUUCUGCGGCCAGCGCUCAGCGUGGCCCCUCGUCUUCCGCCACACUGCCGCGGCCUCCGCACCACGCCCCGCCCGGUCCUGCCGCCGGGGCGCCCCCGCCCGGCUGUGCUACCUUGCCCCGCAUGCCACCCGACCCUUACCUGCAGGAGACUCGCUUCGAGAGUUCACUGCCCCCGCCGCCACCUGCCGCCGCAGCUCCACCGCCGCCUCCGCCCACCCAGACUACCCAGGCCCCAGGCUUUGUGGUGCCCACGCACGCGGGGGCGGUGGGCACUCUGCCGCUGGGGGGCUACGUGGCCCCGGGCUACCCCCUACAACUGCAGCCCUGCACUGCCUACGUGCCAGUCUACCCUGUGGGCACGCCCUACACGGGCGGGGCCCCGGGGGGAGCGGGGGUGACCUCCACGCUUCCCCCACCGCCCCAGGGUCCAGGGCUGGCCCUGCUGGAGCCGAGGCGCCCGCCGCACGACUACAUGCCCAUCGCAGUGCUGACUACCAUCUGCUGCUUUUGGCCUACGGGCAUCAUCGCCAUCUUCAAGGCAGUGCAGGUGCGUACGGCCUUGGCCCGCGGAGACAUGGUGUCGGCAGAGAUCGCCUCACGCGAGGCCCGGAACUUCUCUUUCAUCUCCCUUGCCGUGGGCAUCGCGGCCAUGGUGCUCUGUACCAUCCUCACCGUAGUCAUCAUCAUCGCUGCGCAGCACCACGAGAACUAUUGGGAUCCUUAGGGACGCCCCCGGCCCCGCCCCACCCUGCGCCCCUCGACCUCCCAAGGGCGUUCUGCAGUGAAGCUGCGGACCCACUGCACACCCGCCUCCGGAGCCGCGAGACGCGGAUACAUCCUAAACUCGGCCUCCAUGAAACCUCUGGCCUUGCGAGCACAGUCCGAAUCCAGUUCCUCAGGAACCCUCCCAAAGCCCACUCCCCCAGGGACCCCCCUUCACGGGAUCCCCGCCAGACGCCAGGCCCUCGGUCGCUCCAGACCCUCAUCCCCUCUAAGUGCAGCGCCCCUAGCCUUGCUCCCUUGGACUCGGCUCCCCAGCCUGGAGGCUGGUCCCCAAUGCCCAGCCUCCAAAGGCUCCGCCCCAGACCUGACAAAACCCCACCUCCAGGUCGGCAGGCUCCGCCUUCUGUUCUUCCCGCGGGGUGAUUCAGUCCGGUGAUUGGGUUUGUGGCCCCGAGCCCCGCCCCAGACCUACAGGCUCCU